AUGGAUAUCGAAAUUUUGAAGGAGCAAUGGAGUGAAGUGGAGGACCGUGAUGGAGUUCGGCUCAGUUGGAAUGUCUUUCCAAGCUCUCGCAUGGAAGCCUCGAGGCUCGUUGUCCCUAUCGGCGCACUUUAUACCCCUCUUAAAGAGAAACCGGAUACACCGCUCCUACAAUUUGAGCCGGUUAUCUGCAAACAGCCAUGUAGAUCAGUGUUGAAUCCCUUCUGUCAAGUAGAUGUCAGGGCACUCCACUGGAUCUGUCCAUUCUGCCUGUCUCGAAACCCUCUCCCACAUCACUACAAAGACAUAACCGCCCAAGCGAUACCCCCCGAACUACACCCAUCGAAUACCACAAUCGAGUACAGACUUUCGCGACCAGCUCCAAGUCCUCCCAUUUUCCUAUAUGUCGUGGAUACGUGUCAAGAGGAGGACAGUCUAGCUUCGCUCAAGGAAUCUCUUGUUAUGAGCUUGAGUCUUCUGCCAGAGAAUGCAUUGGUUGGAUUGGUUACAUUUGGAACUAUGGCGCAAGUACAUGAAAUCGGCUAUACGGAAUGUCCCAAAUCAUAUGUGUUCAGAGGUAGCAAGGACUAUACAGCCAAGCAAAUUCAGGAGAUGCUUGGACUUUCAGCGGCUGGCUUGAGGCCUGGAAUGCAACAACCACAACCUGGUAGACCGAUGCCCCCAAUGGGACCUGCCGCUCGAUUUUUGUUACCCGUUUCGCAAUGCGAGUUCCAGCUUACAAAAGCUCUCGAGCAACUACAAAAGGAUCCAUGGCCGGUUUCAAACGAUAGAAGAAAUCUAAGAUGUACUGGUGUCGCUUUGAGUGUGGCAGUUGGACUAUUAGAAACUUCAUUCCAGAACGCUGGUGGUCGUAUUAUGCUUUUUGCAGGUGGACCUGCCACGGAGGGUCCAGGUUUGGUAGUCGGUCCUGAAUUGAGGGAGUCAAUUCGAUCUCAUCAUGAUAUCGACAGGGACAAUAUCAAAUAUUAUAAGAAGGCUCUUAAGUUUUACGACAAUCUGGCCAAGAGAACUGCACACAAUGGACACAUAAUAGACAUAUUUGCCGGAUGUCUAGAUCAAGUGGGUCUCCUUGAAAUGAAGGGCCUUUCAAACUCGACUGGUGGACAUAUGAUCCUGACGGAUAGUUUCACAUCUUCUAUGUUCAAACAAUCGUUCGUUCGUGUCUUCGACAAAGAUGGCGAGGAUAACCUACUAAUGGGAUUCAAUGCCUCUUUGGAAGUUUUGACUACAAAAGAAUUGAAGGUUACUGGUUUGAUCGGUCAUGCGGUAUCAAUGAACAAGAAAUCUACAUCUGUAGGAGAAACCGAGUGCGGUAUUGGCAAUACUUGCUCAUGGAAAAUGUGUGGUAUCGACCCCAGUUCUAGUUACGGAAUUUAUUUCGAAAUUGCUGGUCAGGCCGGUCCAGCCCAACACCAACAAGCCCAGUCAAAGGGGAUGAUGCAAUUCCUCACAUACUAUCAACAUUCUUCGGGCCAAUUCCACCUUCGUGUCACGACAAUCUCUCGCAACCUGAGUGGACCAGCUGGGGAUCCUGCCAUUGCUCAAUCCUUCGAUCAAGAAGCCGCCGCCGUUUUGAUGUCCAGAAUUGCCGUAUUCAAGGCCGAAGUUGACGACGGACCAGACGUUUUGCGGUGGGUGGAUAGAAUGCUUAUUCGGCUGUGUUCCAGAUUUGCCGAUUAUCGAAAGGAUGAUCCAUCAUCUUUCCGACUCGAAAAGAACUUCACACUUUAUCCUCAAUUCAUGUUCCAUCUCAGAAGAAGUCAGUUCUUGCAAGUAUUCAAUAACUCGCCAGAUGAGACGGCCUUUUAUAGGCAUGUACUUAAUCAUGAGGAUGUCAGCAACUCCCUGAUCAUGAUACAACCCACACUGGAUUCCUACACAUUUGACCAAGACGGCAGCCAACCUGUUCUACUCGAUUCUACAUCCAUUCAACCAACUCACAUUCUUCUUCUGGAUACUUUCUUCCACAUCCUGAUAUUCCACGGAGAGACCGUUGCAGAAUGGAGGAAAGCGGGCUAUCAGGACCAAGAAGGUUAUGAGAACUUUGCAUCGCUUCUGGAACAACCAAAGGAAGAUGCUAGAGAUUUGAUUACCGACCGAUUCCCAUUGCCACGUUUCAUCGUUUGCGAUGCUGGUGGUUCUCAAGCACGUUUCUUGUUGUCUAAACUCAACCCAUCUACUACACAUACGACAGGUGCAUAUGGUGGAGUGGGUGCUCAAACAGCACAGACAAUCUUUACUGACGACGUCUCUUUGCAAACUUUCAUGGAUCAUCUUAUGAAGUAA